UGUGGCAGCCCCGAGGUGGAAUGCAAGAACGCUCGCUUCGCCAUGCUGAAGGAGCACCGGGCGGUGACAGGGAACGCGACCGCGUUUGACGGCUCCAUCCUCUACCUGCCCAUCCUGCUCCCCCAGCCAGUCAGUCUGAAGGCGAGGAGGAGGAGCGAUGAGGAGGAGAUCACCAUCACCAUCCAGAUAACCAAGGUCCUCGAGCCCAGCUCGAAUCUCUGCAUCCCCUUUUACAACGUGGUUUUCCGGAGGGUGAUGAGAAUCUUGGAUAUGAAGCUUGUUGGGAGAAAUUUCUUUGAACCUGCCCAGGCCACCGUGUUACAGCAUUACAGGCUGCAGAUUUGGCCGGGAUACUCUGCCAGCAUCCGGAGGAAGGACGGCGGACUCUUCCUCUUGAUCGACUCCAUCCAUAAAGUCAUCCGCAGUGAUUCUGUCCUGAAUUUCAUGUAAGAAAAGGAAAAAAGAUGAGCCCUGCAGGGGUUUAAGGAUAAGGGGGGUUUUCCACUGGUGGGCAACGUGGUCAUCCCCCGCUACAACAACCGCACUUACCGCAUCGAUGACAUCGACUGGAACAGGACCCCGAGGGACAGUUUCACCCUGGCCAACGGCCAGGACAUCACCUUCAUGGACUACUACAGGUAGGGACCUGCUGGAGCAUCCCUCGGGAUGAGUGUGGGGGGGCACAGGCCCAGGGAAAAACAGUUGCCGGACGGGAAGCGUCGGCUGGACCUGGUACUGCUCGUGCCGGAGCUCACCUUCAUGACCGGGCUCCCCGACAUGAGGAAGGACAGUCGAAUGGUGAAGGAUGUGAUGCGGGAGUUGCUGCAGAGCCCCAGGCAGCACUACACGCGUCUCACCAGCCUCCUGCGCAGGAUCAAGGACAGCCCGGAGGCCUCGGAUGAGCUGAUGAGCUGGGGGCUCCGCCUGGACCCAGACAUCCACAGGAUCCAGGGCCGAGUCCUGCCCGUGGAGAGGAUCAACAUGAGACACAGCUCCUUCCUGCCUGCCGAGGACCUGAGCUGGAACAAGGAGAUCACGCGAGAAGCCUCCAUCUCAGCGGUCGGCCGGCCCGCCUUGGUGGAACUGAGGGACGACCGCAUCGAGACCUACGCCAAGAGCAUCCGGAGCAUGUUGGGUAGCGAGGACAAGGUGCAGUUGGUGCUGUGCCUCAUCUCCAGCAACCGGGAGGACUUGUAUGGGGCCAUCAAGAAGCUGUGCUGCGUGCAGUCCCCAGUGCCCUCCCAGGUGGGUGAGGGGCUCAGCGGAAGGAGACUGGCAGCGCGGGGGCGCCGGGGGCGGCUCUGGGGGGUCGACAUCCCCCUGAAACAGCUGAUGGUCGUUGGCAUGGAUGUCUACCACAGCCGCAGCAAAGGGAUGCGCUCCGUCAUCGGCUUCGUGGCCAGCAUGAAUCCCAUCCUCACCAAGUGGUACUCCAGGGUGGUCUUCCAGAUGCCCCACCAGGAGAUCGCCGACAGCCUGCGGCUCUGCCUGGCCGAUGCCCUCCAGCACUUCCACGAGAUGAACCACUGCUUGCCCAGGAAGAUAGUCGUGUACCGGGACGGCGUGUCCGACAGCCAGCUCAACACCGUGCUCAAGUACGAGAUCCCGCAGAUGCAGAAGUGCUUCGACACCUUCGAGAACUACCAGCCUGGCAUGGUGGUCGUGGUGGUGCAGAAGCAAAUCAGCACCAACUUUUACACCCUCGUGGCUGACCAGUUCGUGUCCCCUCCUCCGGGGACAGUCAUCGACCACACGGUCACCAGCUCGGACUGGCAGGAUUUCUUUUUGUUGGCCCACUGCUCCCGCCAGGGCUGCAGCAUCCCCACCAGGUACGUGUGCGUGCACUUGGGAGCAGGAUCCGGCCCCGAAGCGCUGGGAUGCCGGGGAGCACUAACCCCCCCUCUCCUCUCGCUGUCUAAAAAACUCUACUGGAACUGGCCGGGCACCAUCCGGGUCCCUGCGCCAUGCAAGUAUGCCCACAAGCUGGCAUUCCUCUCGGGGCAGGUCCUGCACCACGAGGCCAGCGCCCGGCUCUGCGACAAGCUCUUCUUCCUAUAG